AUGCUGUACUUCUACACAGUCUACGAACUCGACGUUGAGGUAUUCGGUGUGGGCAAGGGCUACAUCGCGCUAGGCUGCAGGGGCACUGGCACCGGCAACCGUUGCACAUACAAUGAGUUCGUCAGCUACAUUGAGACGGGCAGCACCACUCCCACGCCUACAAUCUACGAUAUCAAGUCAAAGUGGGAAUUCACCCUCAACUCAAUAACCGACAUCAUGACUGCCACGUUCGAAUGGCGAUCGAUGUCUAUUAACGAGCCCAAGAAGGAUGAUAGGUUCAGAAGACUCAGGGACGGGCGAAAAACCUACGUUGGCGUCUGGACCGAUCUGGGCUACGCGGUUGAGAAAGGAAGAAUUGUGGGCGUCACAAACGACAUCUCAAUCACGCGCCACUUGGCCAACAUCAAUGGGGUUCUGGCGAGUGUGGCCGAGUAUCGCAGAGGCGAUGCGAAUACCAAGCUUAUGGAUCACCUCAAGGGUCGAGUGACUGACGUCGUCUGGGAGACGGUAAACCGCGAGGCAGAGUACCGGACCAAUUACAACUGGCAAGAGAUUGAAUGGGAGAAGACGAUACAGAGCAAUCCGGCCAUGAAAGAUCCAACGAGUGAACUAUUCAAGGAGGUCACAUAUCAACUUGAGCGGCAUUUGAGGACUGCGGAAUCUCGAAACGCGAACACAAUUAACGCGAAAGUGGCUUCGACCAUUAAGACGUGUUUUGUUAGCAUCAAGGAGUAG